UUGAUAAGGACACCUUAGCCAUUUGCGAGCUGAACUCCGAUUGCAAUUGCUUCAGUGCAAUUCAUUAACUCAAAGGGCUCCAUUCACUUGCAACAUGAGGCACAGCAUGCAGUUUUUGCUAAUUGGACUAUUUCUGAGAGUUGCAUGUGUAGUUGGGUCCACUAGCACUAUAUCGGUAGCAUGCAUAAAAUCGAGAGGACCCAUUUGCGUGAUAAAAUCGCUGCCACGUACGGACGGCGACAAAACUAAAAUAGCGUUUCCUGAUUUAUCGAAACGAACAACUUUAAAUGUAUUGGAGGGCAAAUUAAGCAAUCUCACUGAGGAGCUGGCACUUACGCUCACGGUACGCAACCUGAAGAUGGAAGCGUUGGGUUUGAAAAGCAUUUUUAUUAACGCUAGAUUUGAGGAACUGCACCUACGUGAUAAUAAACUGACGACACUUAAAACGAGCUCCAGUUCUUCACCGCAUAGUUUCGCAUUAAAGUUGCUUGAUGUGCGCAAAAAUAUGCUCAAAAACGUAUCCCAGUUGUCACCCUUCGAUCGGCUAGAGGAACUCUACCUGGACGACAACCAGAUCGAUGAGCUACGGAUGGAUCUAUUUGCGAAAAUGCAAAACCUGCGCGUACUGUCAGCGUCCGGUAAUGGAAUACUAAAAAUUGUACCACCAACCAAUAUGCUCCUACUUGGCGAACUGAAAUCACUCUCCCUGGGCCACAACGGGCUAACGUCGAUUGAGAUGGAAAAAUGGCAACUUCCUGCACUGCAGUCGCUUCAGCUGAACAACAACAGCCUGCUGGAAAUAGCAGGGUUGGAGGAGUUCAAUCAGUUCUACGAUCUGAGUGAGUUGAAGCUGGCCGGAAAUAGAUGGAGCUGUGGUUGGCUUCGGCACGCACUAGGUAACGUUAGUGUCAGAACAUCAUUACACAGUGAAGGUGUUGUGCUCGACGCAGAUACUCACUGCUCGAUCGAGAACGUGUUCGGCAUUUGCUGCAGCUUUACAACCAUGCCCGAACAGGAGGAGGAACAAAUCUUCCAGCCAGAGAUAGGCCAGGUACGUGAAGCCAUUCGUCGGAUUGAAAGUCGACACGAAGAGUUUUUGCGCUAUCGCACUGAUAAGCUGAAAGAGUUAAACGAUGCGCUCGACGAACGCCUGAACAAGUUGAAGGAUCAUUUUGCUAAUCAAGCGAACGUGAACCUGAACGAAUCAGAACGUGGAAAGAUUGCAGCAAAGCAGAUACUAACGCAGGCCGACCAACUGAAGGAGAGGUAUAAGCAGAUAAGCUCAGACAUAGAGGUUGCCACCAACAUCGAUCGAGAACGGAAACAUUUGCUCCACUUCAUGGUGUACAUGAGGAACAAAUUACUCAGUCAGGCAAUCGAAACAGAUAAGCUCUGGGUACAGGCAAAUGACGAAAAGAUCGGCUUAGAAGAACCAGUUGAGAACACGCCUUAAGCGAACAAUUGAGAAUCGUUCUAUCAGAAAUCAAAACUGCUCGAAAUACAUUGUUUCUCUUUCCUUGCUUUUCUCUUUCAAAUAAACACACCACAGUAGUAAAAAAAUUACUAGAAUAACUAAA